AACUUUUAUACCAAUUAUGUUUGGAAAAGUUUUUCCGCGUUAGAUUCUUAGAUUUAGUAAUAUUAAUAUCCAUUUUUUGUUUAUUAAUUCAUUAAAUAUAUUUUUUCAUAGUUCACUAAAGUUGCUACAAUGCAUUAUGUUCAGAAGUAUUUGGAAAAAUAUCAGUUAAUUAAAACAAGCAAUAAUAAAAUGAAUAGCGGAAGUAACACCAACAUAUAUCUUUACUGUAAUUAUUAUAGUUUUUAUUCUCAAAAGGUUCUAAUGACUUUAUAUGAAAAAAACGUAGACUUCGAACCGUUAGUCGUGGACAUUACGAAAGGCGAACAAUAUUCACCUUGGUUUCUAGAACUUAAUCCUCGGGGCGAAGUACCAGUUCUGAAAGUUCGUAAUGAAGUUAUUCCGGAUUCUACAAGAAUUAUUGAUUAUCUGGAAUACCAUUUAGAUCAAGAACUUACUCCGAUUAUAAACGUGUCACGUGAUAGUAAAGUCAUGAAAAACAUAAAUCGUUUCCGAGAUCUGUUGGAGGCAUUGCCAGCUGGUGUUAUAACGGUUGGUUCUUUUUUCCAUCCUCACUUAUGUGGAACACCGAAAUUGCCAUUUGUUUUCCCGGUUAGAGAAGUACUUAAAAGUGGUGAUUUGGUCAGUUCCAAAAACCUAAGAAAGCUGGCAGAAGAAAAUCCUAAAGCUAAAGGAAUUUUAUUAUAUAAAGCUGAGAUUCAAGAUAGAAAACACGAAAUAUUAACAAAUGAAGAGGAAUAUCUGAAAGUUUUAAAUAUUGUUGAUGCUGUAUUCACUCAAGUAGAAGACCAAUUGAAAGAACAAAGUGAAGAUAGUUGGUUAUGUUGUGACAAGUUUACUAUAGCCGAUGUAAAUUUGGCAAUCAUCUUGCAGCGCUUGUGGGAACUUGGUUUAGAUGAGAGAUUUUGGACAAAUGGAAAACGGCCCCAUAUUGAGAACUACUUCAAUAGAGUGAAACUUCGAGAAUCUUUUGUAAAAACCAUUCCUAAUAUGGCUGUUCACAUUAAGUUGAUUUUUACUUCCCAGCCCCCUGCUUAUGUUGGAGCAGCUGGUGCUGUAUCUAUUGGGGUUGUCCUAGCACUUGCUUAUAUGUUAAAGAAGCUUAUUUAAACGAUUCAUUGAUUUACUGCUUUAUUGAGUGGUAUAAAAGGUAACCUAUACAAUCUCACAUAUUGCAUGAAUAUGGAGGUCUAGGUCAUAAUUCAAAGAUUUAUGAUAAAGGUGCUUUCUUAUAUUUCACAUUACAGUAAAUUUUUAAUCUUUUGUUUAGAUAGGAGAUAUGAAUCACUUUAUCAUAUUUUCUUUCUUGUUUCAAUAACAGUAUUAUCACAAUGAUUAAAUUGAAUAUAACAGUAUUACAUAGCAUAUAGUCAAUUAGAGUCUGGAUAUAUGUAUCUGUACAUUCAGUAUUAGGAUUUUUAAUCUAUGAGAUUAUUAAAAUGUAUUUUAAUAGUGUUGUUAUUUUUGAAUUCAUUGCAUUUAAAGAGAAAUAUAUUAUUUACCAUUCGGAUUGUUUCAUUUAGAGUACCUAUACACAUUUAUAUUAAAAUUCAAUGGAAAUGAGAAAUUAUAUUAAUACACAUUUCACUGACUGACAAUGUCAUUCAGUAUAUUGAUUUAUUUUGGAAUGCUUCAGGGUUUAAAUUGAUAAUACAAAUGUGUAUGUGUGGUUUAAUUAGUCUGUAAUCACAACCUUAUAAAGGUUUCUGUUUACAUUGUUUUUUUUU